UCGAACGAAAACUGUUUCCCACACGGCUGAUGCCGAUUCAGAAUCCACUGAUGAUCAUCCUUUGGUACCAGAUCGCUGGUCGAACAACAUAACUUACCGCCAACUUGUGAUGUCGUCUUGCAUCGGAAUCCUACAGAUGUGGUGGCACCCUUACAUCCACGACCUAUCCCAACUGUUACCCUUUAUAUUCCUGUACAAUUUGUUCAGUUUGUUCGUGGGGUAUCCCAUGUUUUAUUUGGAGCUGGCUAUAGGAGUGGUCACGAAGAAGGGUGUGUUAAAUUGCUGGGAUUUGGCGCCAAUGGCUAGAGGAAUCGGCUACGCCAUGCUACUCUGCGCACUAUUCACUGCCUUCACGUUAAGCGCCGUGUGCGCAUGGUCCUUAGCGCUGCUGGUACAUUCGUUCCACUCGUUCCUGCCGUGGUUGCACUGCGCUGCGCAGGCGUCGCCGCCGUGUGCAGCCAGACAUCGGCUGUUGUCGCCCGAUAGCGAAACGCCCGCGCAGUCUUUCUUUUUCAAUUUUGUCUUAAACUUGAAGAGGUCGGGCCUGGAGGGCGGGCUGGGCGACGUGGUGUGGGAAGUAUCCUGUUAUUUCGUCAUCAGCUGGCUGCUCAUCUACUGCAUUGCUAUCAAACGCAUUUACAGCUUUUCUAAGUUGGUGCUGUUCAAAGACGUACUGACGUACUUGAUGCUGAUCUGCUGCGCUAUAGGCGCGUUCCGGCUGGACGGAUCCUUGAAGAUAUUCCAAAUUUGCGACUGGGGAGUUUUGCUUAGAGGCACGAAGAUAUGGCGGGAGGCAGUAGAGUACUCUCUCAUCCAAAUGACGGUCUCCCAAGGUUCCCUCGUGAUGCUAGGCUCGUACUGCCCCAAACAGCAGCACAAGCUGGGGACCACUUCGCUUCUGGCCUUCCUCGUAUCCAAGACCAGUUGUAUGACCAGCGCCAUGGUGCUGGGAGCGGCGCACGGAGCAUUGUAUACUGAUUACGACAAUAGCACGAAUAUUUGGAAAGGCGCCUCAUCGUCAAUGAUUCUGUGGUCUGACUACGUGACCCGAGUGCCAGGCAGUCAGUUUUGGUCGGCGCUACUAUUUUUCACCAUAUUUGUUUUAUCACUUACCAGUUGCGCAUUAUUAGUGCAGACAAUAAUGUCGACGUUCUCCGGGCGGUCGGUGCGCAAGAUCACGUGGAUCUUCCUUGUUGUCAUCUGCUUCUUGUUCUGUCUGCUCGGGAUUAUGACGUUGUGCACGCAGGCGGGGUUAUACACCGUGAACUUCCUAAUGGAUUGGCCGGUGACUCGGCCCAGGGCUGCCAUAGCGGCGGUCGUGGGCUUCGUCGUGACCUUCGUUUACGGUCAGACCACCUUCUGCGAAGAUGUGUACUUCGCCGUUAGGGAAUACCCCAGCGUUUUCAUGAGGAUCUGCUGGGCUAUUUCGCCACCUAUUACUAUGUUCAUGUUUCUGACCGGCACUGGACUGUGGCCUCCCCAUGGAGCUAUGGUGGGGUGGCUGCUAGUGAUGAAGACGAUCACGCCAAUAUUCUUCGUCAUGACGUUUUACGCCAUUUUCAAGAUCAGAGUCCGGAAUAUAGUGCGCAGCGAGAAGUGAUUUGUAUCGAUAAUGAUCGUUUGUAAAGUUUUCUAAUGAUUAUUACGGUUUUGUGAUAUUGUACAGUGUGGUAACAAAAAUAAAGUGUUAUUUUUGUACAACAUAAUAGUAUUGGACCCACAGAACUUUUAAUGAAUAUCUGAAUAAACAAUCUUAUACUGUGUAUAUUUAAAAUUUGUCCUAUUGCAACAAUAAACUGAAAAUACGUACCUAAAUGCUGGGAAACCGAAGAAAAGAUUAUUUCAGAAUGACACCAUAUUUUAUUCACAAAAUUUUCAUAACACCAAUUUGUUACCAAAAUAAAGGAUUAUUUUAUAUUAGUCAUACACACAUAUCCACAUAACAACUUAGGAAAUUCGAUUAUAAUAGACAACAAACAUACGAUAAUUUGUAUUUUUAUAUAUUUUUUCGUCUUUUUUAUUUGUAUGUCGUGGUCUAUUACAACCAACGGGAGUAUUUUAACACAUUUUUAAUCAAAUAGUUUCAAACAUAAUACAUAAGUUUCUCUUUCAUUGGGGAAAACACUCCACAUUAAUACAGCCUUGGAUCUUAACACUAAAAUUAACUGAAACUUAAAUAAUGAACUUCUCAUAUAAAAAUAAUAUUAAAAUUAAUGUUAUUACAUACACCAUUAACCUAAGUAGAUAGACCGCCAACACAUUCAUUGUUUUCUGUUAUCAUAUUGUUUUACUUUAGCAUUCUAUUGCACAUUUAUAUGGAAAUCUAAAAAGCACGAAGUUAUUUCAGAUCAAUCAGAAAAUCCAGAAACGGUAACGUAGUUAUGACAAUCUAUAAACAUUGAUUGCACCAAAAAGGUCUGGAGACUAGAUGCGAUUUUAAGAUACGCUUGUUCUUAUUACGUCGCCUGACGGCGGUUGGCCGGAUGAGUAGCUAUGUAUGGCUUAAACAUUAUGCAUUUCUAGCUUCAACAUCACGCACAGAAGAGCCAAAUUGUUGAUUGCCUCUCCUCGAAAUAGCACCAGUCAUUCGUCGAAAAUGAGAAAUAAGUUGAUUUUAGACAAGGUACGAACAUCACAUCGAUAAAAUUUGACACGUGUGCUUUGCAUUUAAUAUUAAAUUCUCCAUUUAGGCGUACGUAUUCGUGAAGAAGCGACAAACUAUGUUUACUACAUCCAUAUCACGUUUUGUGCAGCUAAAGGAUGAGAGCGGGUCUCUUAAAGAAAUACAAUUCUUAAUUCUACUACUCAUAACUGAUAAGCUCUCUUUUUAUUUCGAUUGAAGCGUUUAACAUUCACUAAUAUGAUCGUAAUUUGAUUCGUAGUCUAACAUUCAUUAUAUGCGCAUAUAAUUUUUAUAAGCGUUAAACACUAAAUACUGUUGAUAUAUAUAUUAGACAAAUAGUGAUUGCAAUGAUUCUUAUGGUAAUAUUGUAACUAUUGUUUAAAUCUAAAUAUUAAAUUGCUUAUGAGCCGCCGCAGAUUGAACGAUUUUCAUAUUAAUUGAAAGCCAACAAAAUAGCAAAAUGGCUGCUUUUUCAUUCGGCUAUCGUUUGCUUUAUUUAAAAUGAGUCUACCAAAACGUUGGUAUAUUUGAGCGACGUUGUUAUAGGGACAGUUAUUCACGUUGAAAUAUAUUUGAUAAAAAAAACUACGCUAAAUAAUAUUUUAAUUCAAAACUACCAGGAACGUUAAGUCGUUUAAAUCUUUAUACUAAAAUGUACAUAAUGUAACAAUUCGUAAAUCUAUACAGACGUGUCAAUGAAUUUCGAUAGAAAAUAUAUUUUUAAUCAUUAAAUGACCGGACCAAAUAACGAAGUAUUAGUUUUUAAUUAAAGAGCGCAAACUGCAUUUACACCAGUGGGGUUAGUGUGGGUUAUACUCGAUUUAAUCAGCGCCGCCUUGUGAUAAUAGUGGCCUCUAAUACAAUUCCAUUAAAAUUCGCGAUCACAUGCUCGAUUGGUUUGAGCGAGUAAAACCAGCACUAAUCCCUCAGUCGUCCUUAUAGUUAUAUUCACAGCCAACUGCAAUACGGUCAAUGGUGUUGUCUAUCCCGAUGCCAUCCAAUUCAAAAUAGCAAUGAGUAUCCUGCUGGCAGUAAAUUGAUUGAAAAACAUAUUCAAAACAAAAAUAAGGUUAUUUAAAUAUAUUUAAAAUCUUAAUCAGAAUUGCAAAAACGUAUUUAUAAUAUUAAGCUCAGAAUUAACGUGUUCAAUGUCGUAUACAAAAGGAGCCGACAAAAGAAUAAUACACAUCUAGUUAGAUAUUAUAAAUGCCAUUGUUAAACAAGCAGUUAUAGAUAUAUUUUGUACAUAUGAGCAGAAAAAAAAUCAAACGUACAUAUAUUACGUGGGUAUAAGUUCAAAAUGUUUAUUGAAAAAUAUAAUUCUGAUUAGCUCAUUAGAGCUGCGAUAUAAAAAAGGGGAAGCUUCCACCUGAGAAUUAUUUGUAUGAAAUAAGUCAAAAUAAAGAUAAAAGUAUUCGAUUUACAAAUGCGCUGUGCUUUGUGGCUAAACUUUUUUUUGGUUACACCGAUUUUCAUGUAACAGAGCACACAUUCUUCUUCUGAUUAGAUUGAACUACACUACAUUACAUAAAUAAGCCAAACAAUCUUAACUAAGUAGUUGCUUCAGUAAACCUUAAUCUAAGUGUGCUGUACGCCUUAUAAUAGCUUCGGGAAUUCUGCUCAGUCUUAACACAAGUCCUCUCUAUAUGACCAAACCAUAAUAUAAUCCCCAGGAACUAAAAAGAAAAUCGAGAAUAAUCUAUCAAAUAUUUAAAACUAGCAACACAUAUCCUGUGUUGCAUUAUUAGCUCAAGUUUAAUAAUAAUUUUAUAUUACUCUGAAAAUAUUUUUUUAAAAUGCAAGCAUAUAUUUGUUUGAUGGUUUAAUCCCGUUCGCUAUUUUUCAACUUGUGCUUUUAAUAUUUGUAUGUAAAUUCGUAAGAUUUUUAGUUUGUAGUACCAAACAAGCUGUAUAAAUGAAAUUAUCAGCGAGUGGCAUUUUUCCUGUAAUCGUCAUAGUUCGCUGUACUAAAUUGUGUA